UUUAACCGCGGCUGUAAAGCGCGAACGGGGUUGACAUUGGAGCCUGCAUGGGAAUGGGAGAAGAGGAGGGGAUAAGAGAGGCUGCUCAGUACAGCAGCACCGUGUCCUGAAGAGACAUCAUCAUCAUCAUCAUCAUUCUCAUCAUCCUCAUCCUCAGCAGCAGCAGUAGUGCGGGAUGCGUCGUCCUGAUUCCACACACUGACACCCAAACGGAGUUGUGUCCACAGCAGGGACAUCCGACUGGGACAAAACGUCAACGGAGUCCUCGCUGGAAAUACACGCAGCCACCAUUAUUUUGCUGUCAUUUUUUUUAAAUGGACACCAUGACUCAACUCGCUCUUAUUUCAGUUAGUUUUACUUGAAAGAUAUCAUUAUAGAUGCGUUUUGUGGUGUAACUUGGGAAGCUCAUACUGCACGAACUCGUGUUUUUUUUUUUUUUUUUUUUUUUUUUUUUGCAUUAAGUGCACUUAAGCCUUUCUUACUGAGCAGAAAAUUGACCGCUGUCGGUUUGGGCUCGUCUCAAACCUACUUUUCAGCCUGCGCUGGUUGUCGUGUGCUGAGGCGUCCUUCAUAUUUCGGAUUUUCCUCUCUGCUCCUGGGCAGAUUGUACAGGCUACUGAUCGCAUCCUCGUCCUGUGAGCCAUCCUUUGGAUGUCCAAGAAGAUCACCCUUUUCAGGGAGAGGACCUUGUCCAUUUCCACUGGGAGACCCUGAGCUGUUAUCUCUUCAAAUCAGACGCUAAUUUGGUCUACUAACUUUUAUCUACGAGGUCAACAAUGAGAUUAAUUCCGUCACGAUUAAGUUAUCUGUUCCUUCACCUCUUUGCAUUUUGCUACUAUGCUCAGGUAACCAUUCAGUCCCCGCCUAAUUUUACACAGCAUGUGAAUGAGCAGAGUAGGGUGACGGACCGGGUCAGCCGCAGACUCAUCCGGACCUACCAGCUUUACAGCAGAACCAGUGGCAAGCAUGUACAGGUCCUGGCCAACAAAAAAAUCAACGCCAUGGCCGAGGACGGAGACGUGCACGCAAAACUCAUUGUGGAGACAGACACGUUCGGCAGUCGAGUUCGAAUUAAAGGAGCUGAGACAGGAUUCUACAUCUGCAUGAAUAGGAGAGGAAAGUUGAUUGGCAAGAGGAACGGUCAGGGGAAAGACUGCAUUUUCACAGAGAUAGUGCUGGAGAAUAACUACACGGCUCUCCAGAAUGUAAAGUAUGAAGGCUGGUACAUGGCAUUUACACGCAAAGGAAGACCUCGCAAGGGCUCCAAAACCAGGCAACACCAGCGGGAAGUCCAUUUCAUGAAGCGAAUGCCCAAAGGACACCACAUUGCGGAGCACAGACCGUUUGAUUUCAUCAACUACCCUUUCAACAGACGGACUAAACGCACCCGUUACUCAGGAGAGCGCUGAAGAGUAAUGCAGGAGAAAAGAGGGGGACAGUGAGUGAGAGUGAGAAAAUACCAUCUCAGAUAAUGAACAGAAUCCUCUUGUGGACUCCUAAAAUGAUUUUUGUACUGAGCAUUAAUAUACCUAACAUAUAGUUUUUUAAAUAAUUUUCUAGAAAAGAAAAACACACUCUGGAAAAAAUACAUGGAAAAAGUUCUAUUUUUGUACUCCAGACUUUUAGUACUGACUUGUGUAAAAGUGUUAGGAAAGUGAAGCACAUGGCUUGAGAUACAUGUGAGACAUCAGAACUGACAUUUUAGUAGUGUGUGGACUUCACCGUCUCAUUGUUUCAUUUUGUUUUGUCAGUUUUAGAGUAAUUUAUACUCUUCAUAUUGCUGCUCAUGGGGACUUGGAGGGCCUGAGAGAAUGCACUGACAAAAAAAAAAUGCUGUAUUGAGUUACAUGUACAGCCAAGGCACCUCUCGACCACCCAGUGAUAAGACACCCAGCUCAUCUGAGUAACCUCUGUGGCUCUUGGUUCUGGAUUGUCCUUGAGAUAAACAGUUAAAGCAAACACAGCUUUAAAUACAUAUAUAAUUGUGGCAGCUACAUUUUGAUAAUCAACACAUUUCCUACCAUGGUUUAACUGUUGAGGUGUUCAAGGUGUAUAAAUGCAUUGUAUGAAACGUAGGAAAGAUGUUGUUCUUUGUGGCAUUGUGUCUGUCUGUUUUUAUACAUAUAUAAAUCUAUUUUUAUUUGAGGAUGUGUAAAAUAAUUUUAAUGAUGGAAAUAUUUAUUUAAAAAUGUGUAAUAAAUUUACAUUAGGAUACCA